AUGCGUUCUAGUUAUACGCUGCUUUUUGCAGUCGUACAACUGGCAGGUCUUGGCAGCGUCAGCAGUAAGUUUUAAAUUACACUCGAUUUAUCAUUUUAGAUGCCCAAUUGGCGGCUAUGUCUGUUGAUCUCGGGGACGAAUUCCUCAAAUUUGGCUUAGUCAAGCCUGGGGUUCCGAUGGAAACGGUAAUUAACAAGGAAUCUCGACGGAAGACGCCGAAUAUAGUAGCAAUUAGAAAUGGCGAAAGAUUCUUCGGUGACAUUGCUGCGCAAAUGGUAAAACCAGUCGCUUAACGUAAAUCAAUUUGUUUAGAGCAUAAAAUUUCCGGCCAAUGCCAUCACUUCAUACAAUGAUCUGAUCGGAAAACAAUUUAAUCAUCCUUUGGUGGAAGAAUAUCAACGGAGGUUCCCAUAUCACAAGCUGAGUGCUCAUCCUGAGAGAAACACGGUUGUCUUUGAGAUUGAGUAUGUCAUUUUGUAUCUAAAAAUACAUUUUUUAACCUUGAAGUUUAUGAAACUGUUAUUUUAGUGGGGCUUCGUACCCUAUAGAGACCAUCUUAGCCAUGGCAUUGUGGAAUGCCCAGGAACAAACUUCAGCUCAUGCCGGGCAGUUCGUGAAGAAUGUUGUGAUCUCAAUCCCUUCCUACUUUAACCAUUCAGAACGAGUUGCUGUUGCGAAUGCCACUCAAAUUGCCGGUCUCAAUCUCCUUUCGCUGAUUUAUGAUGGAUCUGCUGCUGCUUUAAACUACGGUGUUUUUAGAAGAAAGGAAAUCACAGAAAAACCACAAACUCUUCUAAUUUACGAUAUUGGGGCUCGAAAAACUGUCGCUACAUUGGCUGAAUACAAGCUGGUUGAAGAGAAAGAGGGUUCUAAGGAGAAGAUCCCACUUAUUAAGACCAUUGGAGUUGCAUUUGAUCGAACUUUGGGAGGGCAGUUGGUUACGGCACGAUUGAGAGAUCAUUUGGUGAAUGCAUUCAAGGAGCAAUUUAAAGCUCUUGAUAAAGACAUCACCCAAAACCAAAGGGCUAUGGCCAAGAUGUGGAAAGAAGCAGACAGAGUCAAACAAGUAAGAAAGGUUUGGAUAAAUGGUUAUGUGGAAUUUAGGUAUUGUCAGCAAAUGCAGAAUGCUUUGCGCAGGUUGAAAGCGUUUUUGAAGACAAGGACUUCAAGGUGAAAGUGUCUAGAGACUUAGUGGAUGAAAUCAUUGAAGAGAACAAAGACAGACUUGUUAAACUGUUGAAUCAAGUUCUAGAACAGUCUGGACUUGACAUCACUGCCGUUGAUCAAGUGGUACUGAUGGGAGCGGGAACCAGAAUCCCUAAAAUCCAGAAGAUUCUCUCCGAAGCGAUUAGCGGGCAAGUUUUUUAUUGAUUUUAUUAUUUUUUUAAUAGGAAGGAACUAGCUCGUUUCUUGAACACGGAUGAAGCCAUUGCUCUUGGAGCCGUGUACGAAGCCGCAUCAAGAAGCAAGGGAUUCAGGGUAAAACCAUUCAGAAUCGAGGAAAAACCUGUUUACCCAACCACCGAAGAGGAAGCCGCGUUCACUGGGCUUACCGCCACUCAGGUCACCGAGGCAAAGAGAGUUCUGGCCGAGUUUGAGAAUAUUGAAAAGUUGAAAGUAGAGAAGGAAACCGCCCUCAACUCCUUGGAAUCCCUUGUUUAUGAUGUGACUGCGAAACUUGAUGAUGAGACCUACAACAAAUUUGUAAACGAAGAAGAGAGUGCUGCCAUUAGAGGCAAAGCGGAGGCUAUCAGAGCUUGGCUGGAGGAUGAAGUUACACCUGACACAGAUGCUAAGGCUUUGAAGGACAAGCGAUCUGAAUUGGUGGGAGAGUCAAAGAAAAUGAACUACAGGAAAAGGCAGUUUGAGGAGAGGCCAAAACAUUAUGUUAAGAUCGCGGACAGCUUGGGAAAGGCGAAAGAUCUCCUUCCUUUGUUUAACAACAGCACCAAGGAAAAUGCGACCAUCUUCACUGAGGAGGAGGUAAAGAAGUACGAAGACGAGAUCAACAAGGUUGAGAUGUGGUUCAGUGAGAAGAAGAAAAUUCAAGAAGGAAAAGGAUUGGAUGAAGAGCCUGUGAUCACUGUGAAAGAAAUCACUGAAAAGGUAGGUGUCAAAAAUAUAACAAUAUCUUUUUUAGAUUAAAUUGGUGAACAACGAAGUUAGUUUAAUGAAAUCUAAGGUGUAUCUCUAUCAAGUAAAGGUAGCUAAGGAAAAGAGGGAAGCCGAAGAAAAGGAAAAGAAAGAAAAAGGUCUGUUUUUUAAUCAUAAGUGUUAUUUAUUUAACAACAAUUCAUAAAUCUGUAAUUUCAGAAGCCGCAGGGAAGGCGGCAAAGAAUGAAACCGUAAUUGAAACUCCACCAACUACGAACGAGAAUGAGUCGUCCGCCCAACAACCAGAGGCCGAGGAAACGUCAACUGAAGCUCCCACUGAUUCAUCAACUGAAACACCAAACAACAAAGAGGCCGAAAACUCAGAGAAGGACGAGAAAACGGAACUAUAA